GGGAGGCUACGCCCCUUCCUUUCCGCGCGCUGAGGGACUGUGGCUGUGGUUGAUCGCAAGCCGUGAGGCGCCGGCGGGCCUAGCGGAGGCGGUUCCCGGCCCCUGCGCACAGGCCGAGGCGCGCGGUGUCCGCGAUGCUGCGGCGGGCGCGGCUGACGCUGGUGGCUGCGGCGCUGCUGGCGCUGGGCGGCGGGCCGGGCGCGGGCUGCGCGCGGGCGCUGGAGUGGUACACGGCCUGGGUCAGCACCGCCUACACGGAGCCUCGCAGCAACCGCACGGUGCGCGGCAAUGGCGAGAGCGGCCGCUACGGCGACAGCUCGCCCAAGGCUGGCGCGCAGGGCCUGGUGGGCAUCCCGCGCGGCGCCGCCGCCUCGGCCCGCCGCCUCGAGGGCUGCGCCGCCGGUACCGACUACGACGUGCCGCAGCCGCCGCGCCCCGCCGCCGCCCUGGAGCCGCCCUGGAUCGCGCUGGUGGCCCGCGGCGGCUGCACCUUCAAGGACAAGGUCACCAACGCGGCCCGGCGCCGCGCCGCCGCCGUCGUCAUCUACAACGAGCCGCGCUUCGGCAACGCCACCGUCUCCAUGUCCCACCUCGGAACAGGCAACACAGUAGUAAUUAUGGUUGGUUAUCCAAAAGGAAUAGAGAUUUUGGAACCAGUUCGAAGAGGAAUUCCAGUAAAAAUGACCAUUGGUGUUGGGACGCGACAUGUGCAGGAGUUCAUCAGUGGACAGUCAGUUGUGUUUGUAGCCAUUGCUUUCAUCACCAUGAUGCUUAUAUCACUAGCUUGGCUCAUAUUUUACUACAUACAACGUUUUCUGUAUACUGGGUCACAAUUUGGAAACCAGGGCUACAGAAAGGAAACCAAGAAAGUGAUCAGCCAGCUUCAGCUGCAUACUGUUAAACGUGGAGACAAGGGUUUAGAUGUUGAUGCAGAAAAUUGUGCUGUGUGCAUUGAAAACUAUAAACCAAAAGAUACUGUCCGAAUUCUACCAUGCAAGCAUAUUUUUCAUAGGAUAUGCAUUGACCCGUGGCUGGUGGACCACAGAACUUGUCCAAUGUGCAAGCUAGAUGUCAUUAAAGCUCUGGGAUACUGGCCUGGUUGGCUUUUGUUUACCUACUUUAUUCUGAAGGGUGACCCUGAAGAUGCAUUUGAAGUUCCAAUACCUGAAUCAAUAAGUGGCAGUGUUUCCCUUGGAAGUUUGAGCAUUGCUUUACAAGAAGAUGACCGAAAUGAAGUAAGCGAUUUGUCAGCCUCAUCCACUAAUGAAUCUGUGUUACAAUGUAACAGUUUAAAAGAGGACGCGGGUGAAACCACAGCAUUACUUGACAUGGAUGGCAGUAAUAGUCGGCAUGGAGAACAUCUUUCUAAUGGAAAUUCCCACUGAAUGGCUUCAUUGAAGACAUUUUUAAAUUAGACUGUGAAAGAACUACUUUAUUUUUUAUUUAAUUAGUAUGAACUUUUGUCUAGUUGGAAAAAUAACAAUGUAAAUUGUUUUACCUUCCAAACUUUUCUAGUUUGUGUUCCAAAAGGGCUAACAAGACAAUUUUGUAUGAAGAGGAUUUUUUUUUUAAUUUCCUCUGUCUGUUGAUCCUAUGAAAGAUGCAAUAACCCUGUUGCUGUAACAAUUACUACAGAAUUGUACUCCAGGGGACUCAAAAACUAGGAAGAGAGAACAGACUGUAAAAAGUCUAAUAUAUUGGGUACAUUGUUUACACUUGGCAUGUAGAUACAGUUGAGCACUUACAGCACUACAUUUGAUUAAAUCAUACUUUAAAAAUUCGAAUUAAAAUUUGCUGCAACUAGAGGUGGAUGGCUUUCUUUAAAUAAUCUCUCACUAUAGAUUAGACAGGAAUCAAGUUUUGGGGUAUUACAUUUGAUGAAAAAUAAUCUAUUUCAAUUUUCCUUAUAAAUAAAGACUGAUAGCUCUUAUAGUAUAUUCCACCUCAGAGCAGAAUACAUGCGUUUUCCAUCUCAUUAACUUUUAUACUGAACUGGUCAGUAACAUGUUGGUUUUUAGUACCUGCUGGACAGUCUUGACAUGCUGAGCAUAUAGACUUACUUAGCAUGCGCAUCAGUUACCUCUUUUAAUCUUUAACUCAGUUAAAUAAAUAGAAAAGGGCUAACUAUGGCUAGGAAAUGUAUUUAUUAAUCUAUUUAUAAGAUUUCAUGGAUUUCCCUUAAGCCCCCCUUAUUCCUUAUGCACACAUUGGAAACAAGAUCUAUAUAACAUUAGAGGGUUUUGCUCUUUGUCCAAGAAGCUAAACAUUUUUCUUGUGGGCAUUUCCCAUUUAAUAGUUUAAAUGGAUUUGUCACUAGUUUUUAUUCCUUUGCUAGAGUAGCAGUAUUGUGCCUUAUUGGAAAGGGCAGGGGGCACUAAAUCUGAAGCACCAGACUAAAUAAAACGAAGAUGUAGAGGAUUUUAUUCUCCUAUUCAGAUACUUGCAUGCUGUAGAUGGUAUAAGGCAAUGCUAAAUUCAUUUUGUAAAGAAUUAUGUACAUUUACAACACUGUCUUUAUAGUGUUAAAUGACUUCUUAGGAUUUUAGUAUUGUCAUGUUAUAAAUGACGUGGUACAUUCCUCAAACUUUUUUGUAAGUAGCUACUGCAGGUUGCUUAAAAUGGUGUCUCCUGCUAGACAUGUGUUUUAAAGUGCAUUUUGUUUCUAAGUUAACAUGUAUUUGGAAUGUUUUUAAGAAAAUAUGCACUUUUAAAAUUUCUGUUGUGGUUCAGUUGCAGCAGUAAGUUGUUUGACGUGGUGUGUGCAUGUUGUGUUUUAUGUUUUGUUUUUAAUUUUAGAAUGAAUGUUCCAGAAAUAAAGAAAAAAAUUGAGCAUUUAGUUAGUAGAGUGAAUGGUUGAACCUCAAAGAGAAAUAUUUUGAAAAAAUAUUCCUGAUUCGCCUCUCUUCAUGGUAGGAACAUCAUUAAUUUAAGAUCUAAUGGAACAACUACCAGGGUUUACCUUUCUUAUGUCAAGACAAAUAUUGCACCUUCUGCUGUCUUUAUUUUAUAAGAAUCAAAUGGAGUGGAAUAUUUACUGACUGGCAAUACCAUUUGCACACACCUCCCCUUGAUUCAUAGGAACCACUAUGCCUCCAAACAAGGUCAUCAGUAUAUCCAGAACUGUCUCAUCUGAGGCUUCUCCAUCCUUAUCAACACAAAGUUGAACAUUGAUUAAUCAGGACUGUGAGGAUCAUCAAUCAGAAGCCUGAAGGAGUUAUCAGCUGAAGUCUUGUGAGUCUCCAUUUCAUGUCUUGGGGAUACUUAUAACAGCAUUCAUGCUGAAACAAAUAUAGUGGUGAGUAGUGUAACUUCUUUGCAUGCUAUUUUUAAAAGUAAAAGGUAUGAACAUAUUAAAUAUGUUAAUUUUCUUAGAAGGUGAGAUUUGAGGAAAAUCUGGAGAGAGAGCUAGGAACUUGCAAAAUGAAAACAGGCCUGUGACUUUCUCAGGGAGGAAGAAAGUAUAUAGCUGUUUCUGCUGGAAUUAAAGAAAAUAGUUUACUAGGGAAUGAAUCUGAUGGCCAGGAUUUGAGACAUGUGCACACACAUUAAUUACUGUGUGUUUCUUUAUAAUGAGAGAAAAAUACCUUACAAAAAUUACUGCUGACAUAAUGAUCAGAUGUCCUUCAAAAGAGGGGGAGGGUUCCAAUAAAUAUUUCCUAACUUGAUACCUUGUAUCUAACUUUUGAAGCAUUGAGAAACCCAUAGCUUCCAGAUUAAUACUUCCAGUGUCUCAUGCAGCUGCCUAAAUGUGUGAAGUGAUGUAGGAUUUGUAGUAAUUUUGAUUGUCUGUAUUAGUCAGUUUAAAGCAUCAUGCUGUGUAUUAUCUUAGAGGAGCCAAGUAUCAAAAGGACUUUUACAGUACUGAGGAAUGAUGACAAUAAAAGGCCGAAUUGCAGUGUCUCCACAAGCAGUUUGCUCUCUUUGGAAGCACAAUGACAAAGUCACCUGAAGCGAAUUGUUAGUCUGACCUCAGUAAUAUCUUUUUGUAUUUAGCAAAAAAAAAUUAUGUAAAUAAACAGGGUAAAAAUUAUCUGAACACCAAGCAGUAAUAAAAGACAGAAACCUGAAAUGUUUCUUCCUACUUUCCAACUCAUCUGGCCUGUGGCUUAAAAUAAUAAGAAAUAGAAAAAAAGUCUGGGCAAAUUUUGUUUCAGAUAUGGUAAGUUUGCUUGAUAAAGGUAACUAUUAUUCAUUAUCUAACAGGUAUAUGAAUUGGUUAACCUCUUGACCUAAGACUAUGGCAGCGAGUCCCACGUGCUACUUGUGCCCUGUGCAAGUUUCCUUUUGUCUGAUCUACUACUGAUUUGUUGAAAACGUAACAAAUACUCCAGCUGUUUCACAACUACUACUAUUUCCCUCCCCCCCCAUCUAUAAAAUAGAGAAUACCCUACAAUCUAGCCUUACCACCCCCCUGAGGAGGGAAGAUAGAUUUUAUUUAGUUGCAUGCCAUGCUUAGGAUGGUUAUAAGCUAAAAGUAAAGCUUUUUUUCCUAGAUGUGACCCUUGACAUGUCUUGCAAGCAAUAGUAAAAAAGUGUUUGAAGUUGCACAUACAAUUGGGGAAAGCUACUGUAUUAAGUUCUCAAACUGUAUCACAAAUAUGGCUUAGCCUGCAGAGUGCAAUAAAGGACGUUCAGCUUUGUCCUAGUGUGCGUCAGCAUUUUAAAACCACUCUGCAGCUUUCAGAAGUGCUCAAGAGAGCUCUAGAUAAUAGUGCCCUAUUGACCUGCAAUAUCUUUAUGUAAUCAAAGAAAAUCAAGCUUACAGAACUUGAGGGCUAGGUGUGUGCAUUCAGCUAGUUUUAAAUCUUUAAUAUUUAUUUAUUAUCUAAUGCAGUACUUGUAUUGUAGUGUGUUUGGCUUAGAAUAUCUAAAUCAACCACUCUGACCUUUAGGAAAUAGUAACUAGAGAUAAAUUGGGUUAAAAAAACGACAAAGUUUUUAUCAGUUUCUGACACAAUGGAGUUUUUUGCAGUGCUGAGGAUUAGAAAGGUGGUGACUGACAGCUUAGUUACUCUAUUCCAUUAUACUUUUACUUCAACCACAAAUAACUGUCUUUAUUCUUUUAUCAGUAUGGCAUCUUCAAAAUAAAAUUCUGCACCUUUCUUAGUGGCUCUUUGCUGAAUAUUGUCUUUUCUCAUAUAGGUGAUACAUGGUAUGAAGAUCCAGAAGCUGGAAUUCUAGAUUAAGAGAUGCACAAAUCCAACUUUUACUCCAUCUGGGUAGUGAUUAUAAACUCCUGGAUUUUUAUUUAUUUAUAGCAUUCUUUAUUUGGAACUGUUUGAUCAGUAGGAAAUCUUUAUGAAUGCAUGUACCUGCCUAUGUAAGGGACAGACACAUCAUCUGGAAACUUCAAACCUAUUCAUACUUGAAUUGGACUUAAAUAUAGUUUACUGUGUAGAUAUAUUGCCCAUGCUGUGUCUAUCAAACAAUGAAUAUCGUUUUCUCUACCUAUAAAAAUAGGAUAAGAAAUUGGCAUUUCCACUGAAUUACUUUUGUUUUGUUUCUUAAAACUCUAAGUAUACAAGAGCUAUAAGAGUAUGGAAGUCAGUCAGACUGACUUCACCAAAAGCAUUAGUCUGCAAGUAACUGCUAGGGAAAUGCACUGAAUUAUCAUUAACACACAGGCUCUUUUACUCUGCUAGUCACCAACAAUACGGUCCUCUUUCAUGUUAGAAUUAAUAUAGUCACCUGUAACAUAGCACAAUUGCUUUGCUUUGCUAAGACUCUGUCCUUGUUUGGAAACUACUGAAAAGCAUUUGGUGUAUGGUUUUGGCCUACCUGAUCACUUGCUGAAGUCCUUUUAAUUAUACAAAUAACUUGUGGAUCAGAUUUAUGACUUUGAGCAAAACUAGAACGAGAACAUUUCAUUUCCCCCUAAACAAAUUUGGCAGUAGUACAAACUUAAGCCUUUCAGGGUGUCUUUACACAUGCCCUGGGGUAGGGAAGAAGAGGGGAGGUGUUUUAAUUGGAGUGGUUCUCAGGAGCUGUUCUAAUAAAAACACCCACAGCAUUUCAUGUAUCCAGCACGGCAUACUUCAAAAUGGCAGUGGGGGCACUUUAACUAAAGCUCAAUGUUCAGAAUUUUUCUCCCAGAGCAAAAAUAGCUGCUCCAGGAAAAAAUAAUCCAGAAGAAAGAAAAUCCAAAAGGGUCAAAUCAUUGCGAUUUUCUCUUGGGAUAGCAAGUGUCUGGAUAUAUUCAGUCUUCCAGUGUCUGAGACUGCUUUAUUCCCCCCACCCUGUCUCCUGGCAGUUUUGCUUGCUGGAUUCUUUUGCUCCAGUUGAGCAGAACAGACCCCCUUCACAAUCAACAUUGUGCCUUAGGGAGAGACAGGCUGAUUGAGCACUGCUGCCACUCUGUCUGAGGGAACCUGCAGAGCAUGAGAGGUAUGCUUGGGGUUCUCCUGGCUGCACAGCAUCAGCAAGAUCUCUGCUCUUCAAAGGCUUAGCAUUAGAAAGUCUAUUUAGGUGGGAUCAAGCUUUUCUACCAGGAAAACAAACCUGGAAGAAUUAUCCCAAAUGAGUUGAAUGUGUGUACAUGGCCUUCAUGUCAGAGCCAGUCAAAAUGACCAAUUAUUUUCAUUCAACACUUAACCUGUGUCCAAAUUAUGCACGGUUUCUAAGUGUAUUUAAAGAGAUAUUGUCAGCAAACUCAAUAUAUCUACAUAAUUAUAUGACUUAAAUGCAAUGUCCCCAGAAAACUUUAAUAGAUUACUUGGAGCUAUUAUAUAAACUAAUCUUUUAUUUGCUUUACAUGGAGCUGAUAUGUCCUCAUUUUGUUUACCUUAAAUUGCUAAUGUAAAUUAAAGAAUAUAAUACUGA